UCUUCCCGCUUUCUAUUCGCCCCAACACCAAUCCUAUCCAUCACUCUCUCUCUCCUCUCUGCUUUCUCACUCCCAUUUCUAUCUCGCUCACUCUCUCCGGCAAUGGCUUCCCUUCGCGUGCUCUACAUUGCUUUCAUGCUCUCACUCUUCAUGGCGGCCAACGCUAGAAUUCCAGGGGUUUACACCGGUGGCCCAUGGGAGGGCGCCCACGCCACCUUCUACGGUGGUAACGACGCCUCUGGAACCAUGGGCGGCGCUUGCGGGUACGGAAACCUCUACAGCCAAGGAUACGGCGUCAACACCGCGGCGCUGAGCACUGCUCUGUUCAACAAUGGCCUUAGCUGCGGCGCCUGCUUCGAGAUUAAGUGCGGCGACGACCCCAGGUGGUGCCACCCAGGCAACCCCUCCAUCUUAGUCACCGCCACCAACUUCUGCCCUCCUAACUUCGCUCAGCCCAGCGACGACGGCGGGUGGUGCAACCCUCCCCGCACCCACUUCGACCUGGCCAUGCCCAUGUUCCUCAAGAUCGCCGAGUACAAGGCCGGCAUCGUCCCCGUCUCCUACCGCCGAGUUCCGUGCAGAAAGCAAGGCGGAGUGAGAUUCACAAUUAACGGUUUCCGUUACUUCAACCUGGUUCUGAUCACCAACGUCGCGGGCGCAGGGGAUAUCGUGAGGGUGAGCGUAAAAGGCGCGAACACUGGGUGGAUGUCGAUGAGCCGCAACUGGGGACAAAACUGGCAAUCCAACGCAGACCUGGUGGGCCAGACCCUGUCCUUUCGAGUCACGGGCAGUGACAGGCGCACAUCCACCUCCCACAACGUGGCACCCGCUGAUUGGCAGUUCGGACAAACUUUCACCGGCAAGAAUUUCCGGGUCUAAAAUUAAGAAGGAAAAAAAAAGUUUAUCCACUAUCUGUAAUUUUCCAUGGGUUUUUAACUCUUUUUUUUAACUAUCAAAGUUUAAUUUCCCGCCAUCUGAUUUUCCUUAAUUUUCCCGGGAAAAUUUGGAAGCGGUGGGAGUAUAAAAGUAAAGUAUUAGAUGAUGGGGGGUUAAAAGUUAAAAUUGGGUGGUAAGAUAGGUCGAAAAGCGACUUCUUUUGCAAGUGUGGUGUGCGGCAACUUUUUACUUUUUACUUUGGUGCUUUUUUUUUAUUUGGUUUGAGUGGGGAGGGUGGUAAGAAUUUAGGUGAUCCGGCCAAAUAGUGUGUAAAAGGAGUUGAAGCGGCUGCAAAGAACAAACAUGCAGCCCGCACCUCUUUCCAUAUCUUUUCUAGAAUUUUAUAUAAUAUAUAUUUCAGUUAGCAUA